AAGAGAGUGUUUGAUCGCAGAAAAGGAAGAGUACUCCCUCCACAAUGAUGUCCGAAGUGGCAGACGGGUCCUGCACCGAGCUGCUGUGCAGCGACUCUGGCAUGGACGUGCCACCAGAGGGCAACGGCACCCUGCUCAGCAUAGACACCUUUCCUAAAGAAGCCCUUGAGGUGAUGGACCUGAUGCGUCGGCAGCGCGUGCUCUGCGACGUGGAGAUCCGCGUGGGCUCGGAGUCGUUCCCCGCCCACCGCCUAGUGCUGCUGUCCAUGUCCCCGUACUUCCGGGCCAUGUUUGCGGGCGGCCUGAGGGAGGUGGCCCUGCCCGUCGUCCAGAUCCAGGGAGUGUGUCCCAGCACGAUGGCCGCCGUGGUGCGCUUCGCCUACACGGGACGCGUGCGCAUCGACCAGCACAACGUCUGCCAGCUUCUCCCUGCCGCAACCAUGUUCCAGGUGAGCCACAUCAUCGAAGCCUGCUGCGGCUUCCUCGAGAAGCAGCUCGAACCGUCCAACUGUAUCGGCAUCGGUGACUUUGCCCUGCAACACGGCUGCAGUCAGCUCUACCUAAAGGUCAACGAGUUCAUCGACCAGAACUUCCCCGCGGUGUCCGAGGGAGAGGAGUUCUUGAGCCUGACGGCGGGGCAGCUGGUGGCACUGGUGAAGCGGGACGAGCUGAACGUGCGCUGCGAGUCGGAGGUGUUCAACGCGGUGCUGCGGUGGGUGAAGCACGACGAGGGGCGGCGGCGCUCCAAGAUGGCCGACGUGCUGUACGCGGUGCGCUGCCACUUCCUGACGCCCCGCUUCCUCAAGCAGCAGCUCCAGACUUGUGACCUGGUCCGGAGCAUGCCCCAGUGUUGCGACUAUCUCUCGCGCAUCAUCCAGGAUCUGACGGUGCGUCGCCAGUACACGGUAGCCCAGCGGCGGCCCCAGGUGGCGCAGGUGGUGUACUGCGUGGGCGGGUACCAGCAGAACUCGCUGGGGGCGCUCGAGUGCCUGUGCCCACCGCACCAGUGGUUCCGCCUGGCCGACCUGGCCUGUCCCCGGUCGGGGCUGGGCGCCGCCUUUCUUGGCGGAAAGCUCUACGCUGUCGGGGGUCGGAACAACUCCAGGGACAAGAGCUACGACUGCGCAUCCGUCGACUGCUACGACCCCGUAACCAAUGCCUGGAGCGCGUGCGCGGACAUGUCGACACCGCGCAACAGGGUUGGGGCGACUGUCUUGGAUGGCCACCUGUACGCCGUAGGAGGCUCCAACGGUGCCCUGCACCACCGCUCCGUGGAGAGGUACGAUCCAGCAGAGGACCGUUGGGCCCCCGUCACGCCGAUGAGCACGCCCCGGAUAGGAGUGGGCGUGGCCGUGGUGAGGAGGCUGCUGUACGCCGUGGGCGGCUACGACGGCCAGUGCCGCCUCUGCACCGUCGAGUGCUACGAUCCCGACCGCAACAUCUGGUUUCCCGUGGCCUCCAUGAACUCGAACCGCAGCGGAGCAGGGGUGCUGGCUGUUGAUGGCUUUGUGUACGCAAUCGGCGGCUACGACGGCGUCAGCCAACUUAAGUCCGUGGAACGCUACGACACCGAAAAGGACGAGUGGGAGCCGGUGGCCCCCAUGCGUUCGCCACGGAGCGCGCUCGCCGUAGCUCUGUUGGGAGGAAAGAUCUACGCUCUUGGUGGCUACGACGGAAGCUCCUUUUUGUCAACGGUCGAGCUGUUCGACCUGGAAACGGAGCAGUGGGUCGACGGAGCAACCAUGCAGGCGGGCAAAAGCGGUCACGCCGCCGCCGUCUGGCGGGCGCCGUGCCUCAUGCACGCCAUCUUAUGAGCCGACCAAGCACCACUCCUUCGAACGACGACGCGCCCGUGCGGUCACUUUGUAAAUUGCACUUCAUCGUCACCGGCCGGACGUCGACUCGGUUGAAGCAUUGUCGGUCUCUGUUCUCCGAGUUGGACACUUGGCGAGAAAGAGAAAGUCGUCGAGGUGGCCGGCCGCCACAAUUUUGCCAGCGCCGUGCCGCAAUUGGCCAACGCCGAGAUCGAGUGCGGCGCUGGCCAAUCGCGGCGGUCGGCGAUCUCGACGACUUUCUUGCCGAGCGUCCGACUUAGAGCCUCUGGUUCGGGUCUGGAUUUCUAAUUAUAACUCGUCUCACUUUACAAUGUACAACGGCUCGUGGUGAAAGACCCUGUGGGCCGUCGAAGUCAUUCCAAUGCCGUGUGAUUGUCGCGUGACGUUCGGAAGGGGCACAUUGUCACGUGAUGCUUUCACAGUGCUCGAUUGGUCGGGAUGGCUUGUAGCGUCCUCUGCCGUCCGUCGUAAGGCAAAACGGAGUAUGUUCUGAACUGUGGUUAGAUGCCAUAACUCAAUGGGGACCAAGGUGUCCAAUUCAACCUGGAUGGCACCCUCAGCUUUAGACCGACUGACUAUUAGAACUUGGAUUCAUUCCUGCACGAGUGUAUAAACUGCAGUCUGUCCAUUAUUUGGCUGUGGUUCAAGUUACAGACUGAAGUGUGUUUGGGGCCAGACUGUGGUCUUCAUAUUGGUUCGGCAUUGUAACACUUCCUAGGUACGGCCUGCGAUUUAACUGCAGUUUAUUUUGCAGUUUGGGUGAUGGCUUACGCGUCGUGCCCAAAGCUCCUACCUGCCAUAUUUUAGGCGAUGACAACCAAAGCUGCCGGAAAGCGUUCUUCUCGUUUGUUUGGGAGCAGAACUGGUAGAAAGUGUUACUUUGUGCAAAUGCCAGUUGGUGCGAUUGUUCGGACUAGUUGACUAGUUUCACACUGCCGCAUUCGUUGAUUUGGCUCGCUGGUUGUGGUGAGUCGACGGGAGAGCCGUCGAUCGCGUCCGUUGAUGAGAAUUUCUUUUGAAACUUGGGAACAACUCGAUUGAAGGUGUCUUUAUGCCUGCGCGAACACCGAGCUUUCGGUAGGGCGGCACCGCUACUACUGAAGUCCAAAAAUGCAUUUUUGAGGCUGGCUGGCCAGCUGUGGCACGUGAGUGGCAUUUGGUGGAUUUACAAAAUUUUUUGUAUAUAUCUUGUGUACAUAUAUAGUCAUUACAUAGAUGUACAUGUGUUUGUAUGUCUGUGUUUUGUGUUUCACAUACAUUGAGAAGACGUCUGCCUGCCUCCUCUCCAGGAGAGAACUAUUUAUUUCGGGGGGAAAUGAAGGUUUGCGGCACACACGGUGCACUUGAAAUCGGAAAGGAAGCAUUGUCUUGUGGUGUUUUUGUAUCUCUACCCUUUUUUAAACACUCGCCUUUAUGUUCACAUGAAAGGUAGAUAAGUAAAAUAAUUAAAUGAUAAAGUGCCAUCCACUCAACCAAAUAUUGAAUGUUAAUUUAAAUCUGUAAAGUCAGGUUUGAAAGAUUGAACUGAUUAGUUCUAAAACUUGGUGACACCCGUUUGUUAGUUGCACCAAGUGCAUGCAUUUGGUAUGUGUGCUUUGGCAUAUAAAUUUCUUGGCCCAUCCCAGUACUACACGUUACAAAGUAACUAUCGGUAUUCAGAAUGUCUCGAGGUCGUGCUGAAAGCACGCCUGUUGUUCUUAGCUGGAAGUUCAUUGCAACAAAAAUGAGACAAUUUGUGACAUUAUCUAGUCUUUUGUUUGUACAGAAAUGUCUCCCACUUUUGCUCACCGAUUCCAAACUCAUAAACGAUGGGUUUUAGUUCUGGGCAGAAGUGUCUAGCCCAGAGGCUAAACUCGAUUCCGGUGGUUGACGUCUUACAUGGGAGGAAUCCUUUUUGAAACCUUCCAUUUUGUGGUGUGUGUCCAUGUUAUACAAGUAGACCACCAUUGGUUUGUCUCUACACUUCGAAUCUCACCUUUCAUUGUCGUGUAGCCCUGUUCUACGCUCCCACGGUGUACAUGAUUGUGAAUAUACAUUCUUGUUCAAAUGGACACCAGUGCAACGAUGCGGAUAUUUGUGACAAUUGAGGUCACAUAAUAAAUGACCGCAUUACAAUUGAAAGCUCUUA